GGCAACAGUGGGCUGGUUUAUUUUUUCGCGGGAAGUUCCUCCUCAGCUCUACUGUGCUUCUCUGAGUGUAGUGGGACUCACUUCAGGGAAUUUCGAUUAGAACAUUCUCAGCAUUCUCUGAUUAAGUCAUGGACAACAAUGCAAAGAACGAUACAUCACAGCUCAAUGGAACAAGCAGUGAAGGUUUGACAAAGAAGAGGCAGGACUACCUGGAGUGGCCGGAGUAUUUCAUGGCUGUUGCCUUCUUAUCAGCGCAGCGGAGCAAGGACCCCAGUUCUCAGGUUGGUGCCUGUAUUGUGAAUCCGGAAAACAAGAUAGUGGGUAUUGGCUACAACGGUAUGCCCAACGGUUGUGAUGAUGACCUGCUGCCCUGGUCUCGCAGUGCUGAUAACAAGCUGGACACCAAAUACCCCUAUGUGUGUCACGCAGAGCUGAACGCCAUUAUGAAUAAGAACUCGGCAGAUGUCAAGGGUUGCACCAUGUAUGUAGCGCUCUUCCCCUGCAACGAGUGCGCCAAACUCAUUAUUCAAGCAGGUAUUAAGGAUGUGAUAUAUUUGUCAGACAAAUACCAUGACGCUCCAGAAAUGACUGCCUCCAGACGGCUUCUUAACUUGGCGGGCAUCACGUACAAGCAAUUCCAGCCAAAGCAAGGCAGGAUUGUCAUUGAUUUUAAUUCAAUCAACCACCCCGGACCGAAAACAUCUAGAGGUUUGGGGGGCGUACAGUCACCAUAGACUGAGGAACGUGGAACAUGACACUAAGUAUUCAUAAAUCAGACUCAUAGUUUUUCUCAUUUAUGUACUGGUGAAGGUCUUUAUGAGUUAGACAGUGAUUUUUCAAAUCUUGAAACUUGCUGGAAUUAACUAUUGUCAAUGUUUUUCUUUUCUGUAUUUGCUCUGUAUUUAGUUUUUAGCAAUUUACAUGCAAAGUAGCAGCCAGUUUGUGACCUUGGCUGAAUGUGCCUUUUGUUUAAUUGAUUCUUUUAGAGUUUUAGUAUUUAUGAUGAAUGGGAUCACAGUGAGGACAUUAAAAUCAAGCUGGAUGCCAACAUUAACCAAAUCAAAUGUUAUUUAUUUUUUUCUUUUAACCUUUUUUUGUUUUGUUUUCUAUGACAAGGCUGAUUUAGAUUUUGAUGUUCAUUUCACAAAUACUAAAACUGCAAAUUGCCCUUCAUUUUUCAACCAUUAACCAUUGAUGACUGUUUUGCUGAUAUUAUGUUUUUGUAAACACCACAGCAGAUAUAUGUGAACUCAUAUUCUGUCGAGCCCCAAUCCACACUGUUUUGUGCAUGUUGUGUCUCUUCAGGUAAGAACCCACAAUUUCA